GACGUUGUAAACCGGACCUGAUUGAUUCUUACAUCAUCCAAGCACCCAACAACGCAACAACGCAACCAACAAGCAUCCGAUCCUCAAUCGACUUGAUUGUUGUGUUGGAAGUGUCAACCAUGGCCGGCCGUGUUACUAUCCGCAAAGCGGGAGAGGUGGUUUCCACCGGCGCCCUUCGCGCUGCGGGUAGCCAAACUCCUCUGGCGACGCCUCGUGCCGUCUCCAAAGAGGAAGCUCCCUUUAUUGCUCCCGCUCGCGAAUCGACCAAGACCACCAUGAUGCCCUGGAAGGGCUGGGUCCAGCGUUUCAUUGGAGAUACCUUUGGUGAAGAUCGUUUGAAGCAAUUCCGUCAGAAUGUCUUCUUCAUUGAAGACGAUGUCUACGAUCUCAACACUCCCAAUCAGAGUAAGAAGGUUCCCAUUUCCAAGACGGAUCCAUCCAUCACGGCCCAGUAUCGUUACCCGAGCCCUGGAUCGCAGCCAGCCGUUCGUAUCCCCGACAUGUACGAUGAUGAGGAUCCCUAUGACUCGGGAUACUUCAAGAGAGAUACUCGUCGACGCUACAAUUUCUCCGAGUUGAAAAACCCUGAAACGGAAAAACUCAAGCUCGAAUACAUGGACCAAAACGAUCCUACCGUCCAAGAAGCCAAGGAAGAAUUGAUGAACGCCAAGCCGGCUUCAUCUCCUGGUAACCAGGGUCGAUUUGCUACUGGCCCCACCAAGUUUGACCCUACCGGAUUGCGUGCUACCAUGUCUGUCACUUGGGAAGAAACCGAGAAAAGUUUGGAUACAUUCAUGCCUGAUCACCUCCCAACUCCUACAUGGGUGGGCAAGGAAGACGAAGUUGCCAAGUGGUACGAAGAUCGUGAUUUGCCCGUUCCUUUCGGAGCUCCUUACGAAGGCUUGAAGGUUCCCGUAGAACGUCGUGUUGUCGUCUGGUAGGUCGGAGUGUUCCCUGGCUGGUUCCAAUCUCUCUUAGGCACGCUUUCUGGAAAAGCAACAGUGUCGAUCGCCGUUGAGGUCAGUGAAUGGAGCAUAGUCCAUAAUACUAGUUAAUAUAAACAAGUGUGUAGCUAUUGCUCGGAUACCUUUAGAAGUCAAUUACUAAUACUGGUGGUACCGUAGAAGGCACGGAAUACG